GUCUGAGAAUCAGAAAGCAGCCAGCCAGUACCAUGAGUCAGAAUCAUUAUGUUAAGAGGGUAGCCGCCUCGGCCAGCCUGGUAGUAUGUGCCCUUCUCUUCAUGCAAACCGGACAACCCCAGGGCCCACAAGUGGGCACCGACUACUCCACUUGGAGGGAUGUGAUGAUCCAAGGCGCUGAUGUGUGCAUCAUAGCAUGUGUUUCCCUCCUUUUGGUCUCCACGUACAAACUGUUCUUCAGCCCAAUGGAGCUGCUUAAGACACUGGAGGAUGUGGGAUACAUCAGGGAGGACGGCCGCUCCAAGGCGCGCACUGCCAACGAUGUGCGCCGCCGCAGGACAACCGGAGACCUGCCACCAGUCUACCCAAACGGCUGGUACCGAGUUCUGGAUUCUCAUAUGCUGGAGGGAGGAGAAGUCAGAGAUGUCACCAUGGUUGGUGUAAAGUUAGUAGUGUUUCGAGGUGAGGAUGAGAAGGCCUAUGUGUUAGAUGCCUACUGCCCACACUUGGGUGCCAACCUGGCUGUGGGAGGACGUGUGGUGGGAAACUGUAUUGAGUGCCCGUUCCAUGGAUGGCAGUUUCGGGGGAACGAUGGCAAAUGUGAGAGAAUACCAUAUGCUGAAAAAGUGCCAGAUUUUGCAAAGGUGGACGUCUGGCCCAGCUGUGAAGUUAACAGUCAGAUCCUGGUUUGGUUUCACUGUGAUGGAGAAGAUCCUCAGUGGAUUGUCCCAGAGCAGGAUGAGAUUACCAGGGGCGAGUGGGUCUAUCGUGGAAGAACAGAACAUUUUGUCAGCGCUCAUAUUGAGGAGAUCCCUGAAAAUGCAGCAGACCUGUCUCACCUGACUCACUUGCACACGCCAGGCAUUGUCAGUGGAGUCGAUCUACGCUACACAAACAACACAACUUGGCAGUUUGUCCGACAUGGUUGGAAAGCUCAGUGGGCACCAGAGUCCUUUCCCAACAAUCAUUGUUCUCAAAUGCUGGUGAAACAUUCCCUUUAUCUGUUUGGACGCCAUUGGCCUGUGUUGGAUCUACACAUUGUUGCUAGACAGGUAGGACCAGGAGUGGUGUUUCUGAAGUUUGACCACAGUUUCUUAGGCAGGGGAGUGAUCAUGCAAUGUGUGACACCAGUGGAGCCUCUUUUGCAAUGUGUCUCACAUACAAUCUUCUAUCAGUCAAAUAUUCCAGCCCUGGUGCCCAAAUUCCUCUUGAAAGGAGAAUCUAUUCAGUUUGAGCGGGAUGUGAUGAUCUGGAACAAUAAAAAGUACAUCUCUAAGCCUCUCCUCGUGAAGGAAGAUUCUGCCAUCCAGAAACACAGACGCUGGUACAGUCAGUUUUACAGUGAGAACAGUCCUCGACUCCAAUACCAGCGUAACACUUUGGACUUUUGACCUGCCUUUCGUCAGUUCAUAAACAUUUGCUUUCAAGUUAGCAGUCCAUCCAUUUUCCAUACCAUUUAUCCUCACUAGGGUCGCGGGUGUGCUGGAGCUUAUCCCAGCUGACGCUGGGUGAGAGGCAGGGUACACUCUGAACUGGUCGCCAGCCAAUUGCAGGGCACAUAUAGAUAAACAAUGAUUCCCACUCACAUUCACAGCUAUAAAAAAAUGUAGGGUCUUCGAUGAACCUACCACGCAUGUUUUGGGAACGUGGGAGGAAACGAGUCCAUGGAGAAAACCCACGCAGGGGGAGAACAUGCAAAUGCCGAGGCCGGUUUUAAACCCGGGUCCUCAGAACUGUGAGGCAGAUGUGCUAACCAGUCGUCCACCAUGCCACCUAAGUUAGCAAUAUUUGUGUAAAUUCAUAUUUAUGAACGUCAUUUCUACAUAGAAGUUGAAAAAUAUCCUUUUAUAGUAAUCACAGUGCCCAGUUAUUAUGCAAUUAAUUUAAGCUAAUGCUAUGUGUAUGUAUUGUAUGCUGUUAAAUUGCUUACAUUACAGUAAUUAGGUCCCAGGAUUCGUGUGGGGUCUCAGUCUGAACACUUGGGACAUGAUGUAAAAGAUGAAAAAGAAAGAGACAAAGAAGAAAGUAGAGGUAUUUCACAAGUACAAAUACAAUGAUUGAUGCCAUAUUUCCUAUGUGUGCUAGCUACUAAAUAAAGUG